AACUGUCAUGGAACCUCCCCCUGCCCCCAGCUAUAGGUCAGACUGAAGCCCUGAAGUCUAACCCUGGACCGCAGGAGAGACCAGAAAGCACAGAAGAAGGGUCAGAGAGAUCCAAACCACAAAGAGCAGAGCUUGAAGCUGGGAAAGAGACCAAGAGACUUCCACAUGGCCAUGAAGGUGCCUGGAAGGAGGAGCUAAAGCAGUUGGCAGUUUGUUUAGUGUGUCUGGGGACUGGCCUUUCCCUGUAUCUCCACAUGUCCCAGAGACCCCAACCUGACCACAAGAGCACCCAGCCAAAUGUCCUUCCAGCAGCUCCCACAAAUACCCAAGAGGAGACCCAAGGUUUUCAGUCCAUUCGCCACAGUCGCCGGGUCAGCAUCCAGGAACCCCUGCCCAUUAUCCAUAAUCGCCGGGUCAGCAUCCAAGAACCUCUGCCCACUAUCCACAAUCGCCGGGUCAGCAUCCAGGAACCCCUGCCCAUUAUCCAUAAUCGCCGGGUCAGCAUCCAAGAACCUCUGCCCACUAUCCACAAUCGCCGGGUCAGCAUCCAAGAGUCUCUGAUAGUCACCAGUCACUGGGCCAGUACCCAUGACACACCAUCUGUUAUCAACAGCCGCCAAGUCAGUAUUGAGAAUGCACCAGCCACUAUUAGUGGUCACCAGGCCAGUAUCCAAGGCGCACCGUCAGUUACCUACAGUCGCCGUUUCAAUACCCGAGAUGUUCCACCCAUUUUCCAAACUCCCUACAUCAACACCCAAAACUCUCCGUCAAUCACUCACACCCCAUUGUCCAAUAUGGAAUCGGUUAUCUACAAUAGCAGUCGAGCCAGUAGCAACGACAGCUGGCCAACAAGCUGGAGUCCCCACCUAAGCAUUCAAGGCCUCACAUUGCCAAACCAGGCCAGAGUCAAUGUCCCCCCUUCAAUUACUCACAGCCCCACGGUCAGUGUCAAAAGCGUUGAUUCAGUCAUCUGGACCUCCCAGGAGAUUUUCAAAGACUCUGUGAACAGCUCCCAAUUCUAUCAAAAUCCUCUAGACAAUAUCCAGAGCACACAGACAAGCAUAUCCACUGAGAUGGAUUCUGGCGGGUUUCAGAACAAGGGUAGACGCAGGCAUUCACAGCUGCCCCUGGCCUGGAAGCUGCUGCAUGGAGCCAAGAAGAUCAGCCGCCAGAUGAGCCUGGCACUGACCCUGGCUGGCAUGGUGAUCAUCAGUCUCAUCUCUCUGGGCCAGCCCUGGAUGCAUUUCCAGGUGCCACUCACACCUCCUGGGCACCCUGAUGGCUCCCUGACCAUCCACAUCAACACCAUCUUCUUUAUGCAGUGCCCUGACAUCUACUGCAUACAGGAGUACGACCAGAAUGCUUACUUGUUGGACUUCGCCUGGGCCUUUCUCAUCCUUGCCAGCAUCGCUAGCUUCUUCCUCUGCAUCAUACUUAUAAAUAUCAUCUUCUUCACCAGCUCCAACUUGCGCAUGCUGGACUUCUCCAACGUCAUCAUCAGCAUCCUGGCAGGGACCAGCAUGGUAUUGGGGAUCCUGUUCUACCUGAUGCAGGCCCAUGAAUUUCUACAGGAAGGCAUGACCUACAGGCUGGGGCGCAGCUUCUACCUGGCAUGGAUCAGCGUCUUUCUCUUCCUGAUGACUGGUUUCUUUUCCUAUCUGAACUACAUGAAUUUCUGGUCCAUCCUGGCGCUCCAGGCCAUCUGGACUUAGGACACCUCUUCAGGCCUGCUCCCAUAGCUUCCUGCCAAGCACAUGACAACCCUACUCUCUAGUCCUCCGCCCCAACUGAGAAUCUCGCCUUUUUCAGUGUCCUCCAGAUCCUCCCACUCAGAUUAAUAAUCAGUAUGUUUAAAUAA